AUGCAGAGAGGCCGGGAGCAAGGUGCUCGGCCGAGCCCCGCCGCCACCGCCGACACCUCGCUCUCCUGGCAGAAUCACCCAGUCAGAGAAGAAGGCGCCGGGGCCCUGCAGGACCAGCAACUGCAGCGCCUGGCCGAGGAGCUGAGGGUGCUGUGGGAGGGCGCGCGGCCCCUGCAGGUGCGGGGCCCGGAGCGGCUGUCCCUGGCACGGCUGUUGCGUGGGACAGGAGGGCCGGCAGAGAACGACCGUGACUCGGUGGAGCCGGCCCGGCGAGGAGCACCGAGCCCCCCGUGGGCCAAGCAGCACAAGGCCGGCCUGCGAGAAGAGAAGCUGACGAAGCCACAGAACGGGCAGGCCAAGUCCCACAAGAAGUCGGGGGGCCCAGGGAAGCUGGGAGGGCCCCCCUCCCCGGGGCCCCUGGAGAAGAGCAAAGGGAAGCGGGCACCUGCAGCCAGCAGCAGCAGCAGCCGCCGGCCCGGGGACCCCCGGGGGAGCAGAGGGCCGGCCCGGGAGAGGCUGCACCCGCUCCUGGCUCCCAUGGGUGACAUCAGGCAACAGGAGGAAAGGGAGAGAGCCCCAGGUCAGCAGGGUCGGAGGCAGCCGGGGAGGGGCUGCUGGGAUCGGAGUGCAGCCCGCACAGCUAAGGGCCCCGUGGGCCCCACCCGAGAGAGGGGGGCGGUGCCCCAGGCGGCUCCUCGCCAGCAGGGUGCCAGGAACAGGUACCAGAGAGAGCUGCAGCUUGCCCUGGAGGCGCUCUUUAACACAAACCAGAAGCUGAAGGAGCACCUGAGCUUGCACCUUAAACUGAGGCCGGAGCUGGACCGGGACCCCAGUGCAGCACGGGGCUCCUCGGAGACGCAAGAGCCCGGAGGAGGGGCCCCAGCCGCGGGGAGAGCUGUGGACGCAGGGGCAGCGCCCGCUGGGGAUCCUGGGAGCCCGAUAGAGGCGGAGCCCUUGCAGGUUUUAUUCAGAAGCGAUUUGAAGCACUUACUGAGCGAGGCCGAGAACCCCAGACGCCAUCCGACGGCCAAGCCCACGCUGAAGAGCGACAGUCAGCCCCCGCCCCCCGAGGCAGGGACGUCCACGGACCAGGAGGCCCCGCUGCUGCACAGCUCGGAAUCCGGACCAGAGCCACCCACGCCGGCCUCGCUGGCGGAGGCCCGGGCCGGCUGGACGGCGUCGAGGCAGAGGCGGAAGUCGGAGCUGGAGCAGGCACUGCUGGAACAAACCGAACGCCCGGAUAUGAGCUUGGAAAUCCACUACAUGGCGGAGCUGGAGGAGGAGCGGCGGGAGCGGAGGAGGGCGCUCCUGGCGCACCUGAAGGCCUGCCCCAGCACGGCCCAGACCAAGGAGAGGGACUACGAGUUCCGGGCCAUGUCCCCCCUGGGCAGCGCCGGGGUGGACGAGGACAGGCAGAGCCAGAUGGUCCGCGACCUGCAGCAGCAGAUCCUGGAGCAGAACCAGGCCCACCAGCAGUUUCUCGAGCAAGCCCGGCAGCGUCUGCAGGAGUUCCAGAGGGCCUGCUAGGAGGAGGGCCCC